AUGUCUGCUAAUGAUUUUAUUCGAAUUGAUAAAACUCUUAAAAUCGAAGAGGUUGUUUUAGAUGAAGCUGCUAUUAUUGAAGAGGUCCUCCAUCAAUCAGAUUCUGGUAGUAGUGAUGGAGAAAGUGAAGUUGAAAUUGAAAAAAUUUCUCAUACAGUUGUCUUGGAACAAUGUAGUUCGCUAAUACAAUAUGUAGAACAACAAAAACUGGGAAAAUUUGUAAAAGAUCAAGAUUUACCACAAUUGCGAAGCUUGUUAAGACGAAUUCGUCUACACGUAUUCCAAUCAAAAGAGCAAAAAAAG